UUUCUCUAAACAGCCCAGAGACCUCACUGGCCCAGGAGCUGCUGUCCUUCCACAAUGUGGCUUUCCUCAGUGGUAAUGGCUUCUCUUGUUGCUUUCAUAGCCUGUGCAGAACAUCUACCUUCACCACCUGUGGUAGAUACAGUGAAUGGCAAAAUCCUGGGGAAGUACGUUAGCCUAGAAGGAUUUGCACAGCCUGUAGCCGUCUUCCUGGGAGUCCCCUUUGCCAAGCCCCCUCUUGGAUCCCUGAGGUUUGCACCUCCACAACUUGUCGAACCAUGGGAUGAUGUGAAGAACGCCACCUCUUACCCUCCCAUGUGCACUCAAGAUGCAGCUGGGGGAAAAGUGCUGUCAGACCUAUUUACCAAUAGAAAGGAGAAAAUUCCCCUUACAUUUGCCGAAGAUUGUCUGUACCUAAAUAUUUAUACUCCUGCCGACUUGACAAAGAACAGCAGCCUACCUGUGAUGGUGUGGAUCCAUGGAGGUGGUCUGUCGAUUGGUGGGGCAUCAACCUACGAUGGACUUGCCCUCUCUGCCCAUGAGAAGGUGGUGGUGGUGACCAUUCAGUAUCGCCUGGGCUUCUGGGGGUUCUUCAGCACAGGGGAUGAACAUGGCCGAGGAAACUGGGGUUUCUUGGACCAAGUGGCUGCACUGCGCUGGGUCCAGGACAACAUCGCCAGCUUUGGAGGGAACCCAGGCUCUGUGACCAUCUUUGGCGAGUCAGCAGGAAGUUCAAGUGUCUCUGUUCUUGUGUUAUCUCCACUGGCCAAGAACCUCUUCCACAGGGCUAUUUCUGAGAGUGGCGUGGCCUUGUGUCUUCAUGUAGUUAGGAACAAUGUCAAGGCCAUAGCUGAGAAAAUUGCAGCUGCUGCUGGGUGUGAAACAACCACAUCUGCUGUCAUCAUUCAUUGUCUGCGCCAGAAGACAGAGGAUGAGCUCUUAGAGAUCAGCCAGAAAAUACCCUAUUUGCCUAUGACCACUGUGAUUGAUGGAGUGCUCCUGCCCAAGGCACCAGAAGACAUGCUGGCUGAAAAGAAUUUCAGCACCGUCCCCUACAUUUUGGGAAUCAACAAGCAAGAAUUUGGCUGGCUCAUUCCAAUGAUUAUGGACAAUUCCUCCUCUGAAGACAUUUUGGACCAGAAGACAGGCAUGUCCUUCCCAGGGAAGUUCAAACACUUUCUUGAGAGAGGCUGGAAAGUUAUGAACUUCUCUGGGGAUGUGAUGCCGGUGGUCUUUGAGAAGUACAUAGGAGGGACAAACGACUCUGCCGAAAAGCAUGAACGCUUCAUGGACUUGAUUGCAGAUGUGGUAUUUGGGGUCCCAUCUGUGAUUACUGCCCGUGGACACAGAGAUGCUGGAGCCCCCACCUACAUGUAUGAGUUCCAGUAUCGCCCAAGCUUCUCAUCAGCCAUGAAACCUAGUAAUGUGGUAGGAGACCACGGGGAUGAGAUUUUCUCAGUAUUUGGUGCUCCAUUUUUGAAAGAAGGUGCCUCAGAAGAAGAGACCAAUCUCAGCAAGAUGGUGAUGAAAUUCUGGGCCAACUUUGCUUGGAAUGGGAACCCCAAUGGGGAAGGGCUUCCAUACUGGCCAAAAUAUGACCAGGAAGAAAGGUAUCUGAAGAUUGGUGCCACUACCAAGGAUGCCCAGGGGCUGAAAGCCAAGGAAGUGGUUUUCUGGACUGAGCUUUGGGCUCAGGAGGCAGCAAAGAAGGUGUCUUAGAGAGCACAGACCAAUAGUGAAUGAGACUACCAGCUGGCCUCAGGAGGCUGGAGCAGCCAACACAGACGUAUUCUACAACAGGGGUUUUUCUGCCACAGAGGCACCUUUUUGUGGAGGAUGGAGAAUUGUGUGCUGGGGGUGUGCAAGGGUCAAGGAGGGGGAUGGUGUACUUCUGGUGUCAGAAUAAAUAUUUGUUUGGAGAC